CCGGCGCGAGAAGAGUCGGCGGCGGGAGCCGUCACCCCAGGCGGGGACCCUGCGCAGGCGACUCUGCGCGGCGGCCCGGCCGAGGGAGGGAGCGAGCGAGCGGGCGAGCGGGAGGCAGCUGCUGGCGCCCGAAGGGCCGAACGAGAUCGUGAACAUGGCUGUGUGGAUCCAAGCCCAGCAGCUGCAAGGAGAUGCCCUUCACCAGAUGCAAGCACUGUACGGCCAGCAUUUCCCUAUCGAGGUGCGCCAUUACUUAUCCCAAUGGAUUGAAAGCCAAGCUUGGGACUCAAUAGAUCUUGAUAAUCCACAGGAGAACAUUAAGGCCACCCAGCUCCUGGAGGGCCUGGUGCAGGAGCUGCAGAAGAAGGCGGAGCACCAGGUGGGGGAAGAUGGCUUCUUACUGAAGAUCAAGCUGGGGCACUAUGCCACGCAGCUCCAGAACACGUAUGACCGCUGCCCCAUGGAGCUGGUCCGCUGCAUCCGCCACAUUCUGUAUAAUGAACAGAGGCUGGUCCGAGAAGCCAACAAUGGUACCUCUCCACCUGGAAGUCUUGCUGACACCAUGUCCCAGAAACACCUUCAGAUCAACCAGACAUUUGAGGAGCUGCGGCUGGUCACGCAGGACACGGAGAGUGAACUGAAGAAGCUUCAGCAGACCCAGGAGUACUUCAUCAUCCAAUAUCAGGAGAGCCUGAGGAUCCAGGCUCAGUUUGCGCAGCUGGCCCAGCUGAACCCCCAGGAGCGUCUGAGCCGGGAGACGGCCCUCCAGCAGAAGCAGGUGUCCCUGGAGGCCUGGCUGCAGCGCGAGGCCCAGACACUGCAGCAGUACCGUGUGGAGCUGGCCGAGAAGCACCAGAAGACCCUGCAGCUGCUGCGGAAGCAGCAGACCAUCAUUCUGGAUGACGAACUGAUCCAGUGGAAGCGGAGGCAGCAGCUGGCGGGGAACGGAGGGCCCCCUGAGGGCAGCCUGGACGUGCUGCAGUCCUGGUGUGAGAAGCUGGCCGAGAUCAUCUGGCAGAACCGGCAGCAGAUCCGCAGAGCUGAGCACCUCUGCCAGCAGCUGCCCAUCCCCGGCCCUGUGGAAGAGAUGCUGGCUGAGGUCAACGCCACCAUCACUGACAUCAUCUCAGCCCUGGUGACCAGCACAUUCAUCAUUGAGAAGCAGCCCCCUCAGGUCCUGAAGACGCAAACCAAGUUUGCAGCCACCGUGCGCCUGCUGGUGGGCGGGAAGCUGAACGUGCACAUGAACCCCCCUCAGGUGAAGGCCACCAUCAUCAGUGAGCAGCAGGCCAAGUCUCUGCUGAAGAACGAGAACACCCGCAAUGAUUACAGUGGAGAGAUCUUGAACAACUGCUGUGUGAUGGAGUACCACCAAGCCACCGGAACCCUCAGCGCCCACUUCAGGAACAUGUCUCUGAAACGAAUUAAGAGGUCUGACCGUCGUGGAGCAGAGUCGGUGACAGAAGAGAAAUUUACAAUCCUGUUUGAAUCACAGUUCAGUGUUGGUGGAAAUGAGCUGGUUUUUCAAGUCAAGACCCUGUCCCUCCCGGUGGUGGUGAUUGUCCACGGCAGCCAGGACAACAAUGCGACGGCCACUGUUCUCUGGGACAAUGCUUUUGCAGAGCCUGGCAGGGUGCCAUUUGCCGUGCCUGAUAAAGUGCUGUGGCCGCAGCUGUGUGAGGCGCUCAACAUGAAAUUCAAGGCCGAAGUGCAGAGCAACCGGGGCCUGACCAAGGAGAACCUGGUGUUCCUGGCACAGAAACUGUUCAACAGCAGCAGCAGCCAUCUCGAGGACUACAACAGCAUGUCUGUGUCCUGGUCCCAGUUCAACAGGGAGAAUUUACCAGGACGGAAUUAUACUUUCUGGCAGUGGUUUGAUGGUGUGAUGGAAGUGUUAAAAAAACAUCUGAAGCCUCAUUGGAAUGAUGGGGCUAUUUUGGGUUUCGUGAAUAAGCAACAGGCCCACGACCUACUCAUUAACAAGCCAGAUGGGACCUUCCUGCUGAGAUUCAGCGACUCUGAAAUUGGUGGGAUCACCAUUGCUUGGAAGUUUGAUUCUCAGGAAAGAAUGUUUUGGAAUCUGAUGCCUUUUACUACCAGAGACUUCUCCAUCCGGUCCCUGGCUGACCGCUUGGGAGACCUGAAUUACCUUAUCUACGUGUUCCCUGAUCGGCCAAAAGAUGAAGUGUACUCAAAAUAUUACACACCAGUUCCAUGCGAGCCUGCCACUGCUAAAGCAGUGGACGGAUACGUGAAGCCACAGAUCAAGCAAGUGGUCCCUGAGUUUGUGACAUCUGCAGACUCUGCUGGGGGCAGCGCCACCUACAUGGACCAGGCCCCCUCCCCAGCCGUGUGCCCCCAGGCUCAUUAUAACAUGUACCCACAGAACCCUGACCCCGUCCUUGACACCGACGGGGACUUUGACCUGGACGACACGAUGGACGUGGCGCGCCGUGUGGAGGAACUCUUAGGCCGACCUAUGGACACUCAGUGGAUCCCUCAUGCGCAGUCAUGACCUCCCAUCUCAUCUGUAGCUUCUUCAUCCUCGCCAGAGGAGUUACUCUUGUGGAUGUUUUAAUUCCAUGAAUCACUUCUCUUUGGAAACAAUACUUAUAAUGUGAAGUGUUAAUACUAGUUGUGACUUUAGUGUUUCUAUGCAUGGUGGUACCAGUGAAGGAAGAGAGAGAGAGUGUGUGUGUGUGUGAGUGUGUGUGUGUGUGUGUGUGUGUGUGUGUGUGUUGUGAUGUUUCUCCCCCUUGUUGUCCAGAGUUUAGCUACAGCAUUGAGGCUGCAAACAGGCUGUAGUUGUUUUAACCUUGUACAAAAAGGCAGUUCCACGAACCCUGGAAUGUGCCCAUGUGUCUUGAGGGUGGCUGAACUUUGGCAUGUGGCUGUUCAAGUAAGAGCAGGACAAAGGGAGGAGAAAGCACCUCCUCUCUGGUGAGUCUUUGUCACUGUGUCUGCCAAACAAUUGUUAUAUAACCAUGAUUGUCUCUGCUUCUGAAAAUGUAAAAACUGCCUUUUGACAAAGAAAGCCAGUCCUCUCUCCUCUCUGCCCGGUCCCAUUUUCCUGGGUAGGGAUGGAGGAAAGGGCAAUAGACGAGCAUUGUUGGGGCCAGUGGAGUCCGGGCUUUUCAGAUGGGCAGUAGCUUUUUAAAUAUGCUUAACCCAUCUUAAUGUUCUCUCCGUCCCUGCUCCCCUCCCUUUCUGUCUCCCUCUCUCCUUCUCUCACUCUGUGCAACUGCCAGCCCGUUCCUCUGUGUGUACACAUGUACAGCGAUGAACUAGAGGAAAGAAGAGAGGGUCGUAUAACUGAAUCUUACAGUGUCGAUGUCCUUUGUGUUGCAGCCAGAGUGCAAUGCCCAUCCCUGACUCUCAGGCACUGAGAAUGGUGCCUUGUCACCCGUGGAAGCUGCACUUGUCCUGUCUGCCCAUCCUGCCUCUGUGCCAGGGGAGGCAUGAGAGUGAGACUUUCCGAAGGCUUAUGGACAUGGCUUUUUGCAAAUGUUGAAUGGUGUUUUUGUUUCUAAAUUAGGACUUUGUUUUCCCCUUUCCACCCUAAUUAGACAUCAGAACUCUUCCUGUGUGAGGUACCUGUGCCAUUCAUACCCAGGUCACCUCAUUUUCCUUCACUGUUCACAUAUGAUGUCUUGGGGAGUGGAUGGCAGGAGUGUGGACUGAACCCAGGGCCAGAGUGGUCAGUGGGUGUUGUUGCCCACCUGGUGUGGGGUGCUGGGGGUUGGGCAUUGGUAAUUUGGGGAAAUGCAGUCAGUGGGUUUGCUGGAAGUUUGGUUUGCUGGAAGCUGCAAAAACAAAACAAAACAAAAGCCUCAGCAUAAUUUUGUUCACAGUUUCUUCCGUAGCUAUACGCCAGAAGGAAGGAAUGGGCUAUGGCAGGCAGGUGGGAAAAGCGGGGAGCAGGUAUAGCUUUUGGGUUAAGCCUACAAGGUCACCCCAGGCCCCUCUCUCUAAAAUAAGGACAUGACCACGCCCAGGAGAGAAUGGCUCUAAAAACCUUAUUUUUAUACAUGUCAGUAAAUAGAUAUUUUUUUUACAAAAAUAACUUCUAAACUUAUCAGUAUUUUGAUGUUAAAGGAAAAUAUUCCUCUAUAGUAAAUUAUUUAUUGGAAGAUGACUUUUUAAAAGCUGCUGUUUGCCCUGGCUUGGUUUCAUACACUGAUUUAUUUUUCUAUGCCAGGCAGUAGAGUCUCCGCCUCUGAGGAGCAGAAUGAGCCUCCAUGGAUACUGAUAUCGGAGGCUACUAAGCCCCUUACGUGCCGCUCAAGAUUCGAUUAAAAUUCCACCUCAUGGGAUUUUAGGGAGUUUUGGGGAAAGGUGAAAAGGAAGCCUGACUGCUCUCGGACCCAGUCUUAAAGAGCCCUCAGCAGCCCUGACUCUCAGGCUUCACCAACACCUGCCUCUGAGUGAUGACCUGGUUGUCCCAGCAGCCCUGAUGGGAGGGAGGGGCAGGGAUUGCCACACUUGUAGAUUGGUAGUGGACCCAGCCCGAGGGCAUGCUGAGGGCAGAGCUCUCACUUUACAGUUGGCAUUGGGGUUGCGGGGAUGGGUGCCGAGUGUGGAGGUCCCAUGCUUGUACAGUUGCUGAGCUGUCCUCAAUUUUCCUGAGGCUGUACCUAUGGGUGGGAGAGGUUUUUGACUGAAAGGUGUGCUCAUUAUCUGCAUUAUACUUUCUCUCUUCUCCCUAUUCCUGCAAACCGGAAGAAGAGGCGGUGGGAAGUCUUGACCGCCUCAGCCUCUUGGUCGCUCCCAGACACACACACAGAAAUCAUCAAAGUGUUCCAACUCUAUGUGUGCCAUGUGCAGGGUUUUGUAGGGGACGGGGGGAGACAAAGUGAAUAUAACUUAAAAUGGAAGUAUACUUUUUAUAAUUUUUCUUUUUAAAACUUUGUGAAAUUAUUUCAGAUACAUAUUUUAGUGUUGAGGCAGAGUAGUAUAUAAUAGCCACAGAAAAAGUAUUGUGUACAAUUUUACUUGGGGCAAUCACAAAACUGUGUAUUUUAUGUUACAAUAAAGGCUUCCUCUGAAGGGA